GACAAAGAACACACACAUAAACAUACACAUGGUACAGCACCUACAUACACUGCACAUAGCCGACACAGAGUAGAGGUACAGUACACAUAUGCAAACACAUGCAUGCACACAUACAUGAGCACACACACACACACACACACACACACACACACCUACCACUGGUCCUUGUUGAAGGAGGAAAGAAAGCGGAUUCCAGGGGGGAUAGGGGCCAUGGCUGUAGAGCUGCACACACUUUAUUGGAGGACGGGAGACCUCAGGAUGGUGUGGUGGGUGAAGAAGAUAAAGACCUAGAACUCCUCAGGCAUGACCAGUAAGAAGGUAUGGAGAGGUAACCAUGGAGGAUCAUGUUGGCAAGUUGUACCUUCCUCAGACUGGGGCCCUCCUUUCCUGUGUCCCGACAGACAAACAAACACAAAUGUCUAAACUGUAAAAGUGCACUUGUAAAAACAAAAAUCUGUUGCAGUUUGUGUCAAAAAGAGAGCACAAUUAUGAUCCUGAAAGGAAAUGUAUCCCUCUACUCUAAUUUAAAAAGAUUGACAGUCCACCUGUCACUGAAAUGUAACCUAUUGCUAAACAUUUAUAACACACAGCAAAGCCGUAAAAGACGCUAUUCAAGGGCGUGAAAUGUCUCCUUCCUAGUGCCAUCUUUGUAAAACACUAAAGUUUUAUCCUUUAGAAAGGAGGCGACAGGAGAGUGUGAAGGCCCAGCUAUUUCAGCUGACAGCCACAACUAGUUAAAUACUCGGUAGGCUACUGUGAAGAGAUCGUUUGUAACCAGCUCCUUUUAGCUGGAGGUUGCUCUUGUGUUAGUGGAUCCACUUGGCCUCAUUCCAGGCACUCCCUGGUAUUAAAUUCACACAUCCAUGAGAAUGGGUCACCGCCACCCUCCUGCAGAGGUUGCAAUACGAUUUGGGGAAACACACUUCACCGCGAAUAAUUCAGUGUGUGCGUUCGAGUGAGUUUUAAGGGGGCGGGUUUGUCCAUGGAUCCCACUAACUGUUACAGAAGCAAAAGGCGGUAUCAGCCUCUCAGCUACGUGGACAAAGUCACUGGUGUUACCGCGUGAGGAGAAUUAUAGGAUUCUAAACUUUCCCACAGCUCGUCUUCUAGGAACAUAGGCUACAGUUGUAGGCACUGUAUGCUACAUCCUUUAUUGAACUAAUGUUGUUGAUUCGUCACAAGUAAUCUUGAACAUAAAUAAUAGAACUAGGGGCGUGCUAUAGGGUGUAUAGAUAAGGAGAUUGUCAUAUCACUUGAAAAAGCCUUUGGUUAAUUAGCCAACUAGCAUAUAGCCUAACUGCACAUAGGCUAACUCUGCUUUAAAUUGGCGGAUAGAUCACUUCCUCAUUGUUAUGAUCAGCAUCAAUUUGUCUAAAUCUUUAGCUAGGUUUUGUCGUUUUAUACUUGGAGUCAAAUAAAAAUGAGCGUAGCAUACUUUCCUGUUAAAAUAUAGCCUCGGAGAGCACCACAAUCUGACAUGCAAAUUUCUGACUGCGAUUGAAGCCUUAGCCAGGGAAAUGUAUAUUCCCUUCGCACAUUACACCUACAGUUAUGCAGAUUUGCAGUUCGGAACCGACCACGAUUUCAGUUUCGCUUAUGUCGAAUUACAAGAUUAUCACUGCAAUUAUCUUAAUAGGUCGCUAUCUUUCUAGCUACAAUAUCCGUUUAAACCCAGUCUCGUGCACACAAUUUUACCGUCUCAAGGCAAGCCAGAAAGGAGCCAGCGAGCUGCCAUUUGGCGCAGCACCACCCCCGUACACAUACAAGUAGAACACAAAUGGAAAAUAUAUGAUUUUGUAGUUUUACCUUUUCCAUUGACGGUGGAAAAUAUAAAACAGUUCUUUUUUUUAAUCCAAGGAGCCGUUUAGUGUACAAGUUCGCCUCGAAUAUCAGAGGGCACUGAUCGUAGAAUCUGACAGUUUCGGCAUAUCGAGUCUUUACUGACGUCAGAGCAGGGAACCGGUCUGUCAUGAGUGAUGUUUCUUGCAACACUGUAGCUUGCUUUGGUGUGGCCGAAAAGACCAAGGAAAUACGCAUUGAAAAAGCAUUUUAGUAGUCCAUGUCAAACCUGGUGUAGUGUAUUGGACCGGGUGUCUGAAUUCCGAUGGCAUAGCUUACUUUAUAGUUAACAGUUAAAACAGAUAAAGAAGCGGUCUAAGUGGGAUUUAAAACUUUUGCCUCGGCUACACCUUGCCAUGCUUAGCUAGCUAGAUACACUGCAGUGUCCAGGUCGCCUUUGUAUAUUGAUUUGGCUUUGUAGGUUAUGUUCUUAUUUAAUUCUUGCCUAGAAGCUCUUUAAAAAUAUAGGGAUAUCCUACUUAACUGGCACUCAGUUGGACUCGAUGGCACAGCAAAUGUUAGAAAAAGAAAUCAUAAAGGUCUACGAGCUAACGCCAGACCGGGGAGGGUAAAAUGUCCAAUGCCUUAUAACGAUACAUUUGCAACACACUUGAACGUUAAAUACAUGCAAGUACUUUCCACUUCCUCUAAGUCACUGUAGGCCUACGUAAUUUAAAAAUGGUGACGGAUACCAGAUUCACUUUUUGCCACGUCCGACAGUUGCCCUGGCAACAUCAAACAAACGAAUUGAGGGUCGCCAAGGAAAGGUAGACUUGCAGCGGCCCCUUUGAAUAACUCGGCGCGUGUAAUAUCACAGAAUGGUUGCAAUGUCUGACGCUGGAUCUGAAGAAUUUGAUGACGAUCAGGGCAACCUUGGAGAGUACGACGGUGAACGAAAUGAGGCAGGUGAAAGACAUGGAGUCGGGAAAGCAGUGUUGCCCAACGGAGAUACUUAUCAAGGAUUGUAUGAAAACGGGAAAAGGAGUGGUCAGGGCACAUACCGAUUUAAAAACGGAGCUCGGUAUGUUGGAGAAUACGACCUGAACAAAAAGCACGGACUGGGCACUUUCUACUACCCCGAUGGAUCCAGAUAUGAAGGUGGCUGGGUUGAGGACCAGCGCCAGGGUCAUGGUGUUUACACGUAUGCCAAUGGAGACACAUAUGACGGAGAAUGGCUUCACCAUCAGAGGCAUGGGCAAGGAACGUACACCUACCAAGACACAGGAUCCAAGUAUGUUGGCACCUGGGUGAGUGGCAAGAUGGAGUCGGCUGGGGAGUUUGUCCACCUCAACCACAGAUACCAGGGCAACUUUGUUAACAACAACCCCUCUGGUCCAGGAAAGUACGUGUUUGACAUUGGAUGUGAGCAGCAUGGGGAGUUCACCCAGGUGGAUCAGGAAGGGGGUGAUGGGGAGGAUGAUGAGCCCAUCACUGCCCCAGUUCUAAAAUGGCGGCCGGCAUCCAUCUCUGGUCUGACGCAGAUGACCCCUGCCAAAGAUCAGAAGAAACCGCCCUCACCAGAGUCGGGGAAGGAACAAGAAGGAAUGGAGAAGCAGGAGGAGGAUAAGCUGGAGGUAGAAGCUACAGUGACUGAGGAACAGGCCCCUGCAGAGGAACAGGUGGGGGAAAACGAGAGCCCCCCACAAGAGCCCCCCACAUCCCCAGAGCCUGACACACAGAAACAGUCUGAGCCAGAGGAUAAAGAGGAAUGACUGCCCUCAAGACCCUCAGAUUACACAGACACCUUCACUCUGUUGCAGUGAUAUGCCUUCAUAAUAAAGCUUGAUUUUUAUUUAU